ACUUCCUGGAGGCUUGGCUAAGAAUCAAUUCAUGUAAAUUAAACACGACAGAGAAAGUAGUCAAGAGAAACCAUGAAGCGAAGUUACGAGAGCGGUUCGCAGAAAAAGAAGAGUGGUGCAGGGAACUAAAAGUCCGAGAUGGCAAACGGACCAGCCCUGUCCACUGCGAGAAGUGGAGAAAUUUACGCUGGAAGUGAAAUCAUAGAUUCCUUCUCACGGUUGGAUGUUCUCUAUGCAAAUCAGUUCGAAGGCAGCUCUUUCUGUCCAGAACAUAUUAAUCAGACAGAGGAAAACUUUUACAGAGGGGCCCCACCUGAAUGGUUAAACUUUCACAUUAGUGAACAAGCAGAGGCGGAUGGCACUGGAACUCCGUUUGUCAAACGAGAUGGAUACGAUAGACUUGUGAAAGAAAUUUGUCAAAGGCGAAAACUCCCUCAUAUAUCAACUGUCAGCCUGUUCCACCAGUCAGGAUGUGGGGGGACCACACUGGCCAUGAAGGUGUUGUGGGACUUGAGGAAAACCUUUAGGAGUGCUGUUUUAAGAGGCCCAACCACCAACGUUGCAAAAAUUGCAGAGGAGGUGGUUCACCUUUUCACAGCAGGCAGCCGAGGUCACCAGAACACUGUGCUGCUGUUGGUGGAUGAUGAGCAGAUUUUGGAAAGGGAAAGUCUGCAAGAAAACAUCAUGACAAAGAUCGCUGAGCAGGAAAUAGUCACCUUUAUGCCUGUGGUGAUUUUACUCAACUGCAUUAGAAGGGAUGAAUUUCUACAGAGAGACCAAGUUUUCCUACAAGAUAAACUUUCUGACACGGAGGUGCAAAACUUUAAUGAGAAAAAGGAAGAACUUAGGAGAAGGUUCGGUGAUAAAUGCAACCAAUUCCAUGGCUUUAACAUCAUGCAAAAUAAUUUCUCUCACGUUUAUGUCAAACAAACAUGUAACGAAUUCAGUACAGUCCGAAGAUCAAAUAGACUAAAGAAGACCCAGCUUGCUGCCUUCUUAUCCCUCCUGAAUGCUUAUGUUCCAGGCUCAUAUCUCCUUGAGUCUCAGUGCCUUGACUUCUUUCAACAUGAUGACUACAUCCACGGAGACUUUUCACUAAAGGACAGAAUGGAGCCCUUUAGUCACCUCAUCAUCACCUUCAAACAAGAUGGAUCUGAAAAAAAAGUCCGCAUGGCUCACUCUCUAAUAGCAAAGUGUUGUGUUGAACUGAUGGCUAAGGCAGGUGUGACCAGAAGUGACACAGCUAGAAACCUCUUGACGACUUUGUGCAAAGAAGACACUGAUCCAUUUUUGGCUGGUUUUGUCAAAGACUUGCUGACCAAAAGAAGACUAAAACCAAAACAAAUGGAAACAGAGAAGAAUCCAACCAAUAGUUCAGCGUUGAAAGAGGAGAAAGAAAGAUUUUCUAGACUGAUUAUAGACAUUCAAAAUAUCGAAAGUGAUGACCAAAGGUGUGCAUCAAUUUUAAAGAUGGCUGCCAGAAAGUUCGAUCAAAAUCCAUUUUUUCCACAAGCUCUUUCUCGUUUCUAUUACAUAGUACUAAAAGACUACAAACUAGCAGAGAUGUGGGCAAAGAGAGCAAAGCAAAGAGAUCCCCUGAAUUCAUUUGUUGCUGAUACACUGGGCCAAGUCCAUAAGAACCAUUUGAAGAACAUAAAGCAUCCUACCACCCCGAGAACGGUUUUGCAGCUGGCUACAAAAGCCAUUGAAGCCUUCAAAGAUGAAGAACGACUUGCUGAAAAUGAACUUGAGACAGACAUGAAAGGAGACGGCACAACCAAAGCCCCAAAUCUUUUCAACACCAGAGGGCUGUGUGGUUAUCUUCAGGUUUGCAACCUAGUGUAUGACCUACUUGUCAGUCAGAACGAAACUUGGAGAGAAGUUCUCACAAAGAAUGUGUCUUUGGGCUCUGUCCUGGAAGUGCUUGGGGACAACAAGCUCCUCAGAUUUAAUGAUCUUAUAAAAAGCCUCAGAGACGAGGUUGAAAGAAAAUGUGCAUUUUUUGAUAAAUAUCUGACUUACUCAAAGCCUGAUGUGAAGGAAGACGAUCCCCCAUACAUUACCAAAGACACUUCCGAAUGCUUCAGGAAGUAUGUCGGAGACUCCCCACCGAAGCACUUCAAACAAAAGGGUGCUGAUCUCAUCCAGAAGCUUAAACAAAACCUGGCAGACACCUCUGCUGGAGUCCUCUCUUGUCUUGACAGAGAUUGCACUGAAACAGACCUGAAAGAAAUAACUACAUGGUGGGAAGAACUCUUUCAAUGCACGGAUUCUGUAACAGCUCUUGCUAACUACAUCUUCGCUUUUAUCCUGUCAGGAAAUAUGAGGGCAAAGUUUCCUUCUAAAUGCAGGCAUUUAGCUGUAUUUGAACAGAAGAUGCCUCUGAUCUCCGAAAAUUCACCUGAGCUCCACAUGUUAACCCUCCUUUUGUGCUGGCCUACAGACAGUAAAGAAAAAUGUGUCCUUGACCUUGGAAAAUUAAUCCUGCGUAUGCACUGCGCCUAUGAACAUGCAUACAAGAUACGCUUUCGUUCAAGGUACCUCUGCCCCCUGUUUUUCAUCGGAAAAGGUCAAGAUCUGAACAGAAUUGUUCACAGAAAGGUCCUCGAGGGAUUGCUUCUUGAGCAAAAUAAUGAAACAACACAAGAUUGGAGCAACAACUGGAGCAACGAGAUGAUUUUCCAAGACCCCAAGGUCCAAGAACGCCUUCUCAAAUUUGAAGGGGAGGUACAAAACUACAGAGUUUAUGCCAAUAUUGAUGGCGCAUUGAUUGAGUUGGAUGCAAACCUCCGAAACAGCCUCUGGAGACCACGCCAAGUUUUUUUUUACCUUGGGUUUACCAUCAGAGGUCCUGUAGCCUUUGCCAUCCAGACUAAACCUGCAAAAAAUGUACAAAUCCCAGAGAUGGCCAGCUCAGAACCAGAGCAAAUAAAACCAGAAUUGUCUGCUUUGGAAGAUACCACUGGAGGUCAGCAUUUUGUGGAUCGCCAUCGGACAGAUCUGAUUAAAAGAGUGAGCGACACAGGGGCCAUCCUGGAUAGGCUCAAAGACAGGGGGUUUAUCUCAAAUAAGAACCAGGAGGCUGUGAGAGCUUUAAAAACCACACAAGAACAAAUGGAGUUGAUUCUUCGGUGUUUGACUUCAGCCAGCAUGAGAGGCAAAGACGCUCUCUAUGAAAUCCUCAAAAGGAUGAGAAGUAUGAGGGCUCUCAUCAAUGAGCUCGAGGAAUCUGAAAAAGGGAACAAAAGUCACUCAGGCAGACCAGCGUCCGCCUUGUUCACGUCCCCUCCGCGUAAUUCGACCAGAUAUUACACCGCUGCUGAAAUGGCAAGUGCAUGCUCUGCCAUAAGUCUGUCCAAGAAGAAGACGAACGUUGAGAGAGUAACUCACUCUACAACCAUUACAUCCGGGAAAUCUAAAAGAUCUGCCCAGAGGAGUUCAAAGGAUUCCAACGAUUGGACUAGACUUGACCCUGUAAUCGACACAGUGGAUGAGGUCCAAACCUACAGCCUCCAGUCUGACGCAGGUCGCUUUGAGUGCAGCGUGUCUGCCCUGCGCUGGGUUUGUAAGGAAAAGGUCAGCUUCAAAUACCAGUUCUGCUCAUGGGAGGACCACAGCGAGAGGCCUUCGUGCAUUGGUUACAUGCCAGCAGGACCCUUACUGGACAUCACGGUCAUAGCUGGGAAGUUUGAGGGUCCAUCUGCCACACUGGAUCUGUGUCGGUGA